UCUCCCCAGCCUACGGGCCAAUCAGCUGUCAGCCAGCAGACGCAGACGGAUGACGUAGACAGAGCGCGCUGCUACACCUGACAGGUUCCUGCGGGUCCCGACUCGGGGCCGCUCUGUCGCUGUUGUGCCGGGACUCUGGGCGGUGCUGUCGGGAUUACCCGUGUUGCGGGAUCCAGGAGCGGCUGCCCGACCGCACCUGCGGCUGCCCCCGGCGGCAUUGCGUAGAAUACAGAGCCUCAGAGGAGCAGGUCGUCUUUCUUGAGACAGGCAGCAUUCCGGGCUUAGCUCUCUUUGACCUCACUCACCGCGGCUGACCCGGCUUUCAUGUAUCCAGAGACUCUUUUUGGGAGGAGGCUGGAAGAGUAGACUUGGGGAGAAGGAAUGCAGCUGUUCUCUUGGAAGCAGGGCUCUUCCAGAAUAGCGAAUGUUUCAAGGAGUCUUUAUGUCCCGAACGCUGGUGGUAUAGAGAUGAAUGAAGCUCAAGAGGUCAAGGAAGGCUCCCCGUUAGUGGUCCUUGAAUUGUCCAACAGAUUGAGGAAAAAUUGGCAAGAAAAAUGGGUAAGAGGCUGACGCAUGAUGUUGCUGAGAAAAAUCGUGCUUCGACAAGGAAACCAGGUGGAAGUUACUACGGCUCAGAGAGGAGCUCUUCCGAUGACGGGGUGUAGCCCUGUGUUUGCCAUGCAGCACAUUGUGGGUGUGCCCCAUGUGCUGGUACGAAGAAGCUUCCUUGGAAUGGAGCUCCUUAUGACAAGGACUCUGUGCAGUCCAGGUCCCAGCCAGCCCAGAGAGAAGCGACCAGAGGCUGCGGCCUUAGGGUUGUAUCACCGCCUCCCAGCAUUGGGAAGAACGCUGGGCCACACCAUUCAGCAACAAGCAACCUCCACCGCCAAGGCUUGGUGGGACAGAUAUGAAGAGUUUGUGGGACUCAAUGAAGUCCGAGAGGCUCAGGGAAAUGUGACUGAGGCAGAGAAAGUGUUCAUGGUGGCUCGUGGCCUUGUCCGAGAGGCUCGGGAGAAUCUAGAGGCGCAGCAGGCUAAGCUGAAGGAGGUAAGGGACCGUUUGGACCGAGUCUCCAGGGAGGACAACCAGUACCUGGAACUGGCUACUUUGGAGCACAGGAUGCUGCAGGAAGAGAAGAGGCUCCGCGCAGCACAUACGCGUGCCGAGGACUCAGAGCGGGAGAAGUUCUCUCUCUUCUCUGCAGCUGUGCGGGAGAGCCACGAGAAGGAGCGCGCAAGGGCCGAAAGGACUAAGAACUGGUCCCUCAUUGGGUCAGUUCUCGGAGCUUUGAUCGGUGUGGCCGGCUCCACCUAUGUUAACCGUGUCCGGCUACAAGAGCUGAAGGCCUUACUCCUGGAGGCACAGAAAGGGCCUGUGAGUCUCCAGGAGGCCAUCCGUGAACAGGCUUCUAGCUACUCCCUCCAGCAGAGAGACCUCAAGGACCUUAUGGUAGAUCUGAAGGGCCUGGUGCAUGCUGGGCAGGACCAGGGCUCUGGGUCAUCAAUAGGUGCCUCUUCUACCCGAGGAAAAGACAUAGAUGUCCUUUCAGCUGCCAUGAAAGAGCAGCUCAGUCAUUCCCGGCAGGUCCAUUCCUGCCUAGAGGGUUUACGAGAGCAGCUUGAUGGCCUGGAGAAAACGUGCCGUCAAAUGGCUGGGGUGGUUCAGCUCGCAAAGGCCGCAGCAGCACACCCGGACCUGACGGAGCCAGCAGCCGGGGCCCUGCCCAGCUCUCUGCUGGAACAAGGGAGCAUGAUCUUGGCCCUGGCUGAUGUGGAGCAGAGGCUAGAAGCCCAAGUCAACAGGAAUACUAUCUGCAGCACGCUGGUCACCUGUGUGACUGUUAUGGCCACGCUUCCUGUGCUCUACAUGCUGUUCAAGACCAGUUAGCCCUGGGCUCCCUCUUCAAAGGGGCCUAAGGGGGAGUGUGGCUUUUGUUGGUGAGAUGAUGAAUCUUGAGGUACACAAAACCUCAGACUGACUGAGUACCAUCUGAGGGGCUCACCAGCAGGUAUAUUUUAUUUUACAGGUAAUACGUACAUUAAUUAUCAAAACUUUGUGCAAAUGUCCAAUUAAAAUAUCUAAGAAUUUGUAUUA